GUCAGUUUCUGACGGAGAAAGCAGCUUUACAAAUGACCCUGGUUUGGCAGAAAUAUCUCACACGGUUUCAGCCAUCGGUAGUACGCCUGACGUUUCCACAGAAGUUGUCCCAGACAUCUCUACUUCUGAGGCCUAUUCCUCUUCCAGUCAUACCCCUUCCAUGUCCAGUGGUGAUGAAGUUAUAUGGUGUUUUGAUGCACCUUCUAUCCCAGCUGACACCCUCAACAUGUCCACUUUUGCUGGUGUCAUCACUAUUGAUGAGACUCUCGCCAUGUCCAGUGGAACUCCUGCCAUCUCCACUGGCAACACUCAUGGGUUGUCGGUUGGCCCCACUGUCAAUGCUAGCGGCAAAAGGCAUGGCAUCUUUGCGAAUAGGACCUCUGGUGUGUCCCAUGGUCCCACUCAACCCAGUGCAUCGGGCAAUAGUUCAUCCAGCACAUCCUACAGCACAUACCUUGAUCUAUUUGAAGAAGAAUACCUCUCUGAUGACCCUGAUCUCCAGGAAGCUAUUUCUAGGUCUUUAGAUUCCAACGCAAGUGAGAGUGAUUUACAGAUGACUUUAGAGAGAAUAAUGGACCAGAUCUCAUCUAGAGUAAAUAAUGAUAGUACUGUGCGCUUCAAUAGUAUACGAAGAAGUGUGUGGGAUGGAGCAUCCAGAGCCCCGGGAAGAUCCAAUUUUUCACCCGAGAAGAAGGUAGAUGUCAAGUUCACUGAUGACUGUGGAACAUCUGAGGGUGCCGUGGACAAUGGAGGACCUACUCGGGAGUUUUUCCGACUCUGUCUUCUGGAAAUCAAGGACAAAAUUGGCAUCUUUGAGGGUCCACCUGAUGCUAAAGUCCUCACAUGCAACUCCAAAGCGAUGAAAGAUAAUGGAUACUUCAAUGCUGGCCAGAUUAUGGCAAUGUCAAUUGCUCAUGGGGGACAGAGUCCAUGUUUCCUGUCUGAACUCUUGUAUGAGUGUCUUCAAAAAGGUCCGGAUAAUGUAAAGGUCAAAACUGAACAUAUUACUGAUGAAGAAACAAGGUCACAGGUGCAGUCGAUCCUACAAGCUGAGACUGAAUCAUAUCUGCAAGAUGCAGUUGCACAGGCAUUCAGCUUGAUCAGUCUUGCAGGUCACAAUGUUCGCAUAACACUGCAAAACAAAGCAGAGACUGCUUUGGACUUGACUCACUGGUAUGUCCUCCAGCGGACCCGUGCACCUUUUGAAAGGUUCAGAGAUGGCUUAAUGUCUCUAGGUGUCCUAGAUGCUAUCCAGAGAUACCCUCAACAGAUGAAGUGCCUUUUUUUGAAGGCUGAAAAGAGUUUAACAGCAGCUGAUGUAGAGAAUCUCUUCCAGAUCAUUCACUCUGAAAGAGGGAGUAAUGCAUUCCAAGAAGAGUGCCGUACCCUGGCUUUUUGGCAAGACUACCUUCAGGAUGCUGAAUGUGAAAACGACGUCUCUCUGCAGGAUAUUCUUGUUUUCCUCACGGGAUGUGACAGUGUCCCAGCGCUGGGCUUCUCCCCAAAGCCAAGCCUUGAGUUCAUCACACAUUCCCGAUUUCCACAAGCAAAUACUUGUGCAAAUAUUCUUCGCAUUCCAGUUCAUGCAGAAUACACUGCUUUUAAAUGUGAUAUGACUUUUGCCAUACGCAAUUCACCAGGAUUUGGAAGAGUGUGAGAGGUAAUAUUAUGGAGGGCUGUUAGAGCUCAGUUAUGAUGAGGAAGUUUGUUUGUUUAUUUGUUUUUCAAAAAUAAUUGCUGUCAUUUAAUUUUGUUUUUCCUAGAGAAAGUAUUGAAUAAAGGCAUGAAGAAAUAUAAGUAGAAAUGUAAUAUGUUACUUUUGAAGAUAUAUUUUAAGCCAUGGUUUUUGUUUCAAAUUGAAUAAUGCGAACUUCUAAGUUGACAACUGUAAAAUGUAUGUCAUUUAUCUCUACCCUUUGAUAUGACCCAAAGCAGCAGUUAAGUGAUUAGCAGAGAUUAUUCUCUCUAGUGGUUAUAGU